AUGACCAAAACAGAUAGAAAUGUGGCACAUUCUAUUGAAAAUCUGGAUGCUGGUGUUGCAAAUGAAUAUAUUUCUGAGAGUACUGAAAAUAUCAACAAUACAAUCUAUGAGGAAGAUUACUUGACAAAUAAAGGAAUAAGUAAAGAGUUUAAACAACAAAUUAAAAUUACUUGUGAGAAAACUGCAAAUAACCAUUUGAAAUCUGAAAUGGAUUCUGUGUUGUUACAAGCAAUAAAUACAGUCUUCCAUGAUGGUGGUCUGGAUAAGUAUGAUGAUACUAGUAAAGCAGAAAAAACAUCACCAAAACAUAGCAUGGAUUGUAUACCCUCCAGUAAGAAUACAGGUGUAAAUAUUCAUAUUGAUGAGAACAUUAAUAAUUUACUUCUGAUAAGAACUUUAAGUACUGAAAAUUCAGCUACAGAUAUAAAUGAAAUGCCAAGCAAAUACUUCGAUAAAUAUAGUUCCAAGUUGAAAGAAGUGAAUACAAACAAGGUUUUGCUCCUGGACCCUGAAAAUAUAUAUGAAUCUGAAAUUGGAGACAUGAAAGUUAACAAAGUUGCCAAAGACAAACAGAAACGCUUCCAUACUUCCAAAGCCAAUAGUAAGCAAUUUAUUGAAUUUUUUAAUGAAGAGAAGGUUUUGCUUACAGAAAGAAAAAAAUCAUUGAAUACAGUUAUGAGGAAAAUAACUGUGGAAGAAAGCACAAAAAAAUCACAUUCCUUGCUCAUGAAGACAACAGAAGAUUUAAUAAACAGAAAUGGAAGGCUAUCCUUUGACGUUCCAGUUAUGGAUGAAAAAACAGAAUACUUAAAUUUAUCAAGUGUAUGUGAAGAUGGAGUUCAAAUAAUGCCUUUCUUUUUGAAAGAAAGCCCACUCUCACAAGAAGUAAGAACUGCUCAGAGCUCAAGAAAAAUUGAUGAGGCUAUAAACAUGCAUAUUGAUGUAAGACAAGAAACACCAGGUAAGAAAGUAUUUAAAUGUUUUGGCACUGUAAAAUUAUAUGAAAAUAAAUUGCAGUUGUUACCAUUUCCUCUUUGUCGAUCAGUUUCCGCCUGCAGUAGUGGAAUUGCUGACUCUUUGAAUACCGGAACUAUUAAUCCAAUCCCCGAGAGAAAUCCCAGUGAAGAAUGGAAUGCAAUAGCAAAGAGUUUUUAUGAUCCUUCUUUUCCCACAGAACGCGUAAGUCAAUUAAAAAUAUUGCAGAGCAGACCUUACAAUACCAUUCUUCCAAAGUUGGAACAGAAUGGGGAAAAUUGUAUUCAUCUACAAGAAAGGGGCAUAGGUGAAUAUAGUGCCAAGAUCAUGGCCCAGAAAACAGCUAUAUCAUUCUUGUGCAAAAUAAUAAAUGUUGUUCCACCCUCUCAGAGAUGUCUCAAUGCUAUUCUCUUGUCAAAAUGGUCCUGCUUCAAAUUUCAGAAUAUACGUAAUGGCAUCAGCAAACGUCUGGUCACAACAGAGAUUCUAUCACAGCCACAAAUGAAGUCAAUACAGCUUCUGCUCUCUGAAGUCAAUACAGCUACUGUAAAAGGGCGCUUACAGAGCGCUGAUGAAAAAGACUGGAAUUCACAAAAUGUCUUCAUGAAUACCCAAAUCAGUAAAACUGAAAAGUUAUUGUAUUUAGAAAAGCUCUGCCAGUCCAGAAAGAGAAAGUAUGAAUAUUUGGAAAAAGCAGUGACAUCAGGAAAAACAGAAAUGUAAUUGUUCCUAAAUGUAUGUGGUCUGCUGUUCUUAUGUUUCUGUUAUAUUCAGCGUUAAAAAUAACACCUUAUGAAGUGAGUACUUUGAAGUUGGACUGCUCUGAUAAUGUGGAGUCCUUGGGGUUCUCUGAGCUUGGUU